AUGGAGGAAGUCGACAGUAUCCUUGUGGAUAACGUCAAAUCGUUUACUGCUGGGGGGUUUGGGGGUAUUUGUGCCGUUCUCACAGGCCACCCGUUUGACCUUACCAAGGUUUUAUUACAGACGAAUCAAUAUAAAAGCUCUAUGGAAGCCAUCAGUAGCACUCUAAAGAGCCAUGGCCCACUUGGCUUUUACAAAGGUGUUACUUCUCCGCUAUUGGGAGUUACUCCGAUGUUUGCCGUGUCCUUCUGGGGAUAUGAUUUGGGUAAACGACUAGUUGGCAGUGCUCGAAAAGGUCCUAAAGAUGCUCCGCUAACCAUAGGCCAAAUAAGUGCAGCGGGAUUCUUCAGUGCUAUUCCAACCACUUUAAUUGCAGCUCCUUUUGAAAGAGUCAAGGUGGUUAUGCAGGUUACCAAAGAGAACGUUUCAUUCCUGGAUACAGUGAAAAAAUUAUACAAAGAAGGAGGUUUGAGAUCUAUAUUCAAGGGAUCUGCUGCUACAUUGGCUAGAGAUGGACCAGGGUCGGCGGUCUAUUUUGCUACUUAUGAGUUUUUAAAGAAUAGGUGGUCUGGUAAGGACUCCAAUCUGUCCAUCGGUGCAAUUACUCUAGCAGGAGGUUUCGCUGGUGUGGCAAUGUGGACUACAAUUUUUCCUGUGGACACGGUGAAAUCUAUGCAGCAAUCUUCUACGUUGAAGAGUACCAUGUUACAGACGGCAAAAAGAGUCUACACAGCCAAGGGUGUUCCCGGUUUCUUCCCCGGUAUAGGACCUGCCUUAGCAAGAAGCUUUCCGGCAAAUGCGGCUACCUUUUUGGGAGUUGAACUUGCUCGAAAGGCCCUGGAUUCCUGGCUGUAG